AUGUCGCUUUUCCGGAAACCAAAAAAACCUAUCCAACGGCGCGUUUUCAGCGGGUACGAUGAUGAGGAUGAAGAGAACCACAAUGCAUCCUUCAAGGACUCCGGCCCACACAGCGUCAGCAAUGGAAGUGAUAAUGGGAGUGACACCAAUCGACCUGUACCGAUGGAUACCGAUCCCACGCCGGAAGGUCCGGCGGUAGCGGUUAUACCGACCGGGUCCGAACACCGCAAGCGAAAAGAACACCGUGCGGAAUCUUCCUCUAAGGGCUCGUUGAAAGCGAUUCCGAGCACCAAACCCUCUUUGCUUAGUUUCGACGACGAAGAGGAGGGCGAAGUUUUCCAAGUGAAAAAGUCCUCCCACAGCAAGAAGGUGAUGAAAACACUCGACAAGGAACGGCGCCGGAAACGACACAUGGAGAAGAGCAAUGGCACACAGUCGACCACGGCCCAGACCGGAUAUGGCGUGGAGCAGGGCAGCAAACCGAAUGCCUCCCGCAAGCAGCAGUACCUUUCGUCAUCAUCACCGCCUUCAGGCACGGGGUCGUACGGCAACGACAGUAAUGAUAAGAUAAAAAGAGAAAAGUGUGAAAAUUCUAGCUCUAAUAUCCAAACAGAAAUACGCACAGACGACUUUGUGCUGGUGGUCAAAAAGUCGGACCCUGAGAAUAUGAUUCUGAACGGCCGGGCAGCCCUGUGCGCCGGGCGCAACGAUAUGUCGUCGGAGGAUGAAGCGAACGAGGGGGAUGAAUCCGAUGGUCGGAUGCAGCAUCAUCACCGGUUUGCGAAACCGCAGGACAACUUUAAGAUGUGUCUCGAGAACGGUGUUAUACCGGAUGCGGCCAUGAUUCAUGCAGCUCGCAAGCGACGCCAGAAAGCUCGCGAGCAAGGUGAAUUUAUUCCCGUAGAAGAACCGAAGGAGGAAAAGAAUAAAAAGCGAACCGUACAAGAAGACGGGGACGGUGACGGAUCGGAUGAGGAUGACGAUCGGAUCGAUAUGUCGGCUAUAACCGGUGCCAAAGAGCGCGAAGAACGGCGGGAACAGUUUUAUGCCGUACAGCGCGAAGAUUCCGAUGCGGAAGAUUCCGAUGUGGAAACGAAGGAAUGGGAAAAUCAACAAAUACGCAAGGGUGUUACCGGUGCUCAGCUAGUUUCGGCCCAGCAAGAGUCCGUAAUAUCGCAGUACUUAAUUGGCAGCAACUUCAGUCAAACGUUCCAAAACAAAUCAGCCCUGCUGAUGGACGAUCAACGUGUCGGCGAUGGGACCAAUGAACUGCGUGGUCUUUCAACGGCUGCCCUGCUCGAGAAAGCUUACGCAGCGUCCGGUGGUAUCCGACUGGCUGGCAGUGGUGGUAGCAAGCGAUCGAAUACUACAAGCAGCAGCAGUGUUGGAAUGACUAAAGCAUCAGACACUAAACCAACCGGUCCCCGGAUGCCACAGCAGAUUCUUGCACAGCUGACAGAACGACACCGAACGACGGCAGAGUUGAAUCGAAAGCACGACGAAGAUAUCAAACAAAUUACGCAAGAAAUCAAGCUGCUCCAGAUGGAUCACCUGUCGUGCGAACAAAAAGCUCCUGUUGCUGCGGCCAAAUACCGGUUUUAUCAAGAGUUUCGCUGCUAUGUUUCGGAUUUGGUCGAGUGCUUAAAUGAAAAGGUACCAUUGGUGAUGGCCCUCGAGCAAAAGGCACUCACCUUGAUGGGGAAGCAUUCGGGAAUGCUUAUUGAACGACGCCGGCAGGAUAUGCGCGACCAGGUGAAGGAAGUUUCUGAUGCAAACAAAGGGAUCAAACGCGUUGGUCCGGAAGAGCAGGAACGCGUACGGCGCGCAGCUGAACGGGAGGGACGACGCACACGCCGUCGACGGGAUCGCGAAAAGAAUGAAACGGCUGAAAGUCACUUCGAUGGCAUGUCCAGUGAUGACGAAAUCCCAGAUAUGGAAGCAGCUCGCUAUCGUUCCGCACUGCAGACGAUAGAGCUGGAAACGAGAGAGGUGUUUGAAGACGCAGCGGAAGAGUACGGUGAGGUGGCUGGCAUCCUGGAGCGGUUUGAGCAGUGGCGCCAGCGCGAUAUGCCCGCGUACAGUGACACUUAUGUGAGCCUCUGCCUGCCCAAAAUCUUGGCACCACUGAUCCGGAUCGAACACGUCUGCUGGAACCCGCUAACGAUGGAUGCCUUGGUGGAGCUGGAGAAUGAGAAAUGGUACCGCACGGUCGCUCAGUAUGGCUGCUCGGCCACGACGGAGGCGUCACUGGCAACAGAUCCAGACGUUCGCCUUAUACCGACGCUGGUGGAGAAAAUAUUCCUGCCAAAGCUGACGGCACUGGUCGAACAGUACUGGGAUCCGCUGUCUACGACGCAAACGUUCCGGUUGGUACGAUUACUGAAGCGAUUCGUGCGCGAUUAUCCAUCGCUAAAGAUCACGUGCAAAUCGCUCCGGGUGCUCUUCCAAGCCAUUCUCGAUAAGCUAAAACAGUCGAUCGACAACGAUGUGUUUAUUCCAAUCUUUCCCAAACAAGCGCAAGAGGCAAAGUCGUCCUUCUUUCAACGCCAGUUUUGUAGCGGUUUAAAGCUACUGCGCAACAUCACCAGCUGGCAAGGCAUUUUGGCCGAUGCAGCACUGAAAGAGCUCGCGAUCGGCUCGCUGCUGAAUCGAUACCUGCUGAAUGGAAUGCGCGUCUGCUCGCCGGUGGAUGCGAUCGCGAAAGCUUCAACCAUUGUGUACACAUUGCCACGCGUCUGGCUUAACUCGGGUGCAUCCGUCGUGCAGAGCAUGGACCAGUUUGUCAACAUGCUACAACAUUUGCAAUCUCAACUUGAUCCUGCCCUUCCCCAAAAUGGAGAACUAGCCGAACAGAUACGCAAAAUUCUAACAAGUUUGCACGUGGUUUCAACGCCUUCUGCGGUAAUGAACUAA